UAACAGAUACAGAAAAACACCGCUGUGCUCCGGAACAGGAAGUGAUACAAUACCGCAGUGAGAGCCAACCACCAGUAGAGGCAAGCCCAAAGUAAACAAAAGUACUUUUGUUCUUGUUCCUGCAGCUCUAAGCAGUGCACCUCCUGUUUCACGAUGCUGUCCCCCCCAACUACACUGUAGCAACACAGCUCUUCUCCAGUGAUACUCCCACACACCCAAAAAAUGACCAAGUCACCUGGUAUGGUGCCACCCAGGCCUUCUGUCCUACACCUGCCAUGUCCCCUGGCAUCCAAGUCUUGUCCAGUGGAUCCACUGCCGUCUCCACUGGAGAAAACUGUGCCUUCUAUAGUGACACAGCUGACCUUUCCAGUGAAAAUGAUUGCGUUGUCGUAACUGUGUCCACCUUGAGUAAUGCUGCAAACUCCAUAGCUGGCAACAGUGGCCAAACCAAUCCCAUCACAAAUACAAUUGUUGGUGCAACUGGCUGUGGUGUGUCCUUGAUCUCUGAGGCACCUGUCAGCAGUCCAUCCAGCACACCCUACAGAAACUAUCUGGACCUGUUUGAAGAAGAAUAUGAUUCUGAUGGUCCUGGUCUGCAGGAAGCUAUUUCAAGGUCUCUGAAUACUGGAACAAGUGAAAGUGAUACAAGGAUAAGUUUACAGGGAAUACUAGAGACUAUUGCUUCAAGAGUAAACAAUGGAGACAUUGUAUGCUUCAAUAUAAUAAGAAAAAAUGUCUGGGAUGGAGCAUCAAGGGCCAUGUGCAGGUCUAAUUUCUCACCAGAAAAGAAGAUGGAUGUCAAGUUCACAGAUGAUUAUGGAAUAUCAGAGGGUGCCGUUGACAAUGGUGGGCCCACCCGAGCGUUUUUCCGGUUGUGCCUAUAUGAAAUCAAGGAUAAAAUUGGCAUCUUUGAAGGCCCACCCAAUGCCAAAGUCCUCACAUGCAACUGUAAAGCAAUGAAAGAAAAUAGAUACUUCCAUGCUGGCCAAAUCAUGGCAAUGUCAAUUGGCCAUCGGGGACAGAGUCCAUGUUUCCUGUCUGAUGUCUUAUAUGAGUGUCUUCAAAAAGACCCAGACAGUGUGGCUGUAACCACUGAAUGUAUUACUGAUGUGGAAACAAGGUCCCAGGUGCAGUCGAUCUUAGAGGCUCAAACACAAUCAGAGUUGCAAAAUGCAGUGUGUCAGGCAGCCAGUUUAAUCAGUCUUGCUGGUCAUAAUGUCUGUAUAACACUUGACAACAAACAAGAGACUGCCUUGGACUUGGCUCAGUGGUAUGUCCUCCAACGGACCCGUGCAUCCUUUGAAAGGUUCAGAGAAGGCUUAAAGUCCUUAGGUGUCUUAGAUGCUCUCCAGAAAUACCCUCCACAGUUAAAAGGACUCUAUGUGAAGACUGAAAAGCCAUUAACUGCAAGUGAUGUGGAAAACCUGUUUGACACUGUUCAUGCGGAAAAGUGGAGCAAUGUAUUUGAACAGGAAUGCCGCACCCUUGCAUUCUGGCAGGACUAUCUUCAGGAUGCUGAAUUUGAAAAAAACAUUCUUCUGGAAGAAAUCCUGAUUUUCUUCACUGGCUGUGACAACAUUCCUGCGCUUGGCUUUUCCCCAAAACCAAGGCUUGAGUUCAUCUCUCAUUCUCAAUUCCCAGUGGCCAACACUUGUGAAAAUAUUCUGCGUAUACCUAUCCAUGCGGAAUACAGGGCUUUCCAAUCUGAUAUGGAUUUUGCAAUCCGCAAUUCACCAGGGUUUGGAAGGGCUUGAGAGGACAAAUUGUGAUUGAGUUCAGUGCAGCAGAUGCUGUUUUUGCUUGUUUUGUUUUUAGGUUUUUUUUUUUUAAGUUGGUGCCAUGUAGGCCAGUGAAACAUUUUAACAUUCCUUCUAUACAUGUUUAACAAUGUGGCAUUGCUAAAUUUUCAAGUUAAACAUUCAGAUUUUGUCCACUUUAUUGUGUGCAGUGUUACAGGAUGUGGCAACUCGAAGAACCAGUGCAUGUUUCCAGACAUCUUAUGUGGAAUUGCUGGAUUUGUUUAGUGCAAUGUUGACAUGAGUAUUAUAAGUAGCAUGCCAGAUGUGAUUAAUGUAAAGGCACAAAGGUUUGCACACAGUGAUUUUAUUCAAGUGUGUGUGUACAGUACCUUGAAAAAGAAUUCAUGCAUUUUAAUGUUUAUGAAAUUUCAGAUACAAAAAGUUUUCCCAAUAUAAAAAAAAAUCUAAAGUUAUCUUCCUUGAACUCAAAGCAAAUCUCUACAAUUUGAUAUAAAUUAAUUAAUAUUUUUUGCAUAACCACUCUUAGCUUUCACCAAAACAGAUCAGAUCUAGGCUUGCAUCUUAAUGUACCUUCUGGUAAUUUGUAGCUAAACUUUCAGGUCUUCGUUUUAAGAAACUCCUCCUCUAUACCACUUCAUCAUGAAGUGGUAUAGAGGAGGAGUGAUACAAACUUUGCAUUUUGUAUCACAAAACUGCAUUUUAUAAAUUCAGAUUUGUAGUAGUGAUUUACACAUCUACCCCACUGAAGCACUGAUUUUUGUUAUUCCCAUUUUGCACAAAGAUUUAUAUUAUGUAUGAUUUUUUUUUUUAUGUGAGCAGCAUCUGAGUUCAGACAUGUUGCCGUUGUUCAUGGUUUGAGAACUGAGUGUCAACAUGGUGUUGGCUGGUUGCAGUGACUUUUUAUAUGCUGAAAUGGUUUGUAUUUUUGAAAGUUUCCAAAAUAAAAAAUAUAUUGUUCCAUAACUGUACAUGUGCUUAGUGAAAAUGCAGCAGUUGUGAUGUAAGAUGUUAAAUAACAUACAUCUCUCUUAAAUGUAGUGUAUUCUGUGACAGCUGAAUAAUUAUGCCUUUUAUGCCAUGAAAAGUAUUUACUGGUAGAUAAGUGGCUAAUUUAUCUUGUACCUUUUCAGAUCUUGUAGAAAAGGAUAAUGCUUUUUUUCAUUUAGAAUGCAAGAUGCAUACAUU